UUGUUUUUUAACUUCAAAAUAAGAUAUGUACAGUGUGCAUAGGAAUUAGAUUUUUUUAAAAACAGUCUGAGGGACAGUGAACUGGCCCCCUGUUUAAAAUUUUUGUAAAAGUUUGAGGACCCCUGGUCUAGACUCACCAGGGCAAAUGGGUCUCCUCCCUGGAGUCCAGCUCCUCCUUGCUGUCCUGAUGCAGAGAAGGAUGCUGCUGACUCCUCCGAAUGGCAAUCUGUGGAAAGGUUCUUCUCCUUCUUCUGUAGAAACAGCUUCUUCCUGCAGGACAAAGGAAGGGCUUCUUCCUUCCUACUCCUGCUUUCAUUGUGGCGGAAGGCAGAAGAAGAAAGGCUUUCCUGUGCGAAGGAAGGGAAGCAGCAACCUGAAGGAGAAGGUGAGGCUGGCCUCUAUUUUUAGAGCCAGAGUCACUAACUGCAUUCUAAAUCAGUCCCAGCUGGUGGUCUCUUGCCAAGGAGGGAGAGAAGGGAGUCCCAGCCUGGUCUCUUUACAGUAAUGGAGGAGGCUGCUCAGGCUGCGAGACCUGGAGGCGCUGACCCCACUCCGGACGUGGUGCUGGAGGUAGAUGGAGGGCUCUUCCCAGCCAACCGACGGGUGCUGUCCCAUCACAGCCGCUACUUCCAGGCCCUGUUCUUCGGGGGGCCCUUCCGGGAGUGCUGCCAGCGGCACAUCCGCCUCCAGGGCAUUGAAGACGAGUCCUUUGGGGCCCUACUCUCCUGUGUCCAGACAGGGAUCCCCCUGGCCAUCUCCCACUCCAAUGUGGCAUCUCUGCUGGAGGCAGCCGACUUCCUGGCACUGGAGGGGCCCAAGCGGUGCUGCGAGGCCUUCCUGGAGCGGGCACUGCGGACCAGCAACUGCCUGGGCCUGAUGACCUUUGCUGAGCACUUCUCCUGUCCACGGCUGCUCUCGGCCGCCCGUGGUGUGGCCCUGUCCCACUGGGAGGAAGUGGCCGCACUCGACGAGAUGCCCAUGCUGCCCCCAGAGGCUCUGGCUGCCCUGUUGCGCAGUGACCAUCUCUUCGUGUCGCAUGAAGACCAGACCCUGGAGGCGCUGCUGCGCUGGGUGGCUGCGGAGCCCGCUGGGCGCGAGGAGCGCUUCCUGGAGCUGGUGGCCCUGGUGCGCGGUCCCUGCCUCAGCAUCCCCUGCAUGGACCGACUGAUCCGGGAUGGCGGAGGGAACAACAAUGGCCUCGAGGCCCGGCUGCUCCGGAAGCUGAAUGCCCACCUGCCUCACAGCUGGGCCCUGGGCAAAAGGGGCCCCUGCGCCAAGAGGGGCCAUGAGGAUGUGCUGGUCCUGGCUGGGAGGCAUGACCGCGAACAGCAGCAGCUCCUCCGCUUCCAGCCCAAGACGGGCACCUGGCGGCCCUGCGCCCCCCUCCAAUGCAGGAACCUCACCCAGUACGCUGUUGCCGCAGUAGGCAACCUGCUGUAUGUGACAGGCGGUUCCACCCGGGAGGAGUGGACCUGGUCGACGACGGACAGAGUGCUGGCCUACAGUGGCUGGGAAGACCGCUGGGAGGAGGGCCCCUCGCUGCAGACGGCCCGGCACAGCCACUGUGCAGCCGGGGUGGGGGGGCGCCUCUUUGUGGCAGGGGGUGCCCUGGGCGAGGGAGGCCUGACUCCUGCCGUGGAGAGCCUGACCCCCGGGCAGCCCGCCUGGCGCAACGCCAGCCCCAUGGCCUGUCCCGUGGAGAGGGCUGCCGCUGCUGGGAUUGGGGCCCGGCUGCUGUACGUGGUGGGCGGCCUGGAGGAGAGUGGGGCUGUCUGCCCCGCUGUGCAGCGGCUAGACACACAGACCGACGCCUGGGACCUGGUGUCUCGCUCCCCACUCCCCAGGUGAGGAAGAGUGGAGUAGCCCCAAGGGAAGAAGAAAGGGGCCUUGCAGGGGGAGAGGGGAGCAGGAGGGCAGCACAGGGGCGACAGAGGGCCAUCAAGCCAGGGG